AUGGUCAAGGGAAUUGUUACGCCGAGUCCAGCGACGGUUGGAAGUAACUCGGUUGGACUGACCAACUCGGCGGACUCGGCGAAUGCGAUGAUCACGGACGCGACGGCGGACGAGGCGCGCACCGUCCAGUUCGAUGAGGAGGAUGCCCAAGACCAAGAAAGUGAGGAAGAUGUUGAGGAUGAGUAUGAGGAGAAAGCCGAGCUACUCGGCGAAGUCGACGAGUUGUCGCUGCAAGUCGGACGAAUGGGUACCCCACGUCCAGUUGUGCGCAACCUGGCGGCCGAGCUCGGCAAUGAUACGGACGACGAAGAUCAAGCCGCCGCUCAAGGGGAACGUCCGCCCCUGAUCCCGCGAGCGACGAGGAAUGCGGAUACGCCAACUGCGAACAAGGUUCUGGGCAGGCUCGGAGAAGAGAUGCGAGCUCAGAGCGAGUGGAUGAUGAUGUUUGCUCCAGUGGCGAUGGCUCAGGCGAGAUGGCCGGUGCUGGGGCCCGAGCUGACUCAGCCGGUGAACAGCACCGACAUCAACCAACUGGUCGAAGACACGGUGUUGCUACUCAAGGCGAUGGGGUUCCGGUGCACGAGCCGACCCAACAGCCUGCUACUCGGCGAUUGGGACCCCAGCCGAGCUUCACGCGAAAUCCUAAAGUGGAAGCGUCGGUUGAGAGUCUCGUUUGGCCUCGAGCGGGGGGCUGUCGGAACUCGGCAGACUAUUGCGAAACGAGUGGCUGAUACUCCGAAGACCGUCGAAGACCCCAGCAGGAUUCCCCUACCGAAGACUCUCGAACGCAAGAGAGCCGAUGUGUUCCGCUCGACUGAGGGUACACCGUAUUUUGAAGAUUCGCAUAUGAAGACGCCAACGCGUGGCAAGCAACCAAGUGGACGCUACGCUGAGUUGUUUGGCGCUGCAGAUGCAGCCGAGCUCAGCGACAGCGACGAUGGACGCGAGUACCUGAACUCGGCUAAAGAGUCGGUGAAGGACGUCAUCAAGCACCUUAGCUUCGAUGACGCUGAAAGCGAUCGGACGCAGUACCUGGAGGUUCGCACCCAUGCGUCCCUCGACAAGAUCCCAAUGUUCGAAGGCAAACGUUACCGACCGGAUGAGUCUCUCCAGUGGCUGAAGCGAUUCAUCUACGAGAUGCAAGGAACUCGGCUAGCGCAAGACCUCUGGUACGAGCCAUUCUCGCUGAAGCUGGAGCGAGGCGCGAAGGGCUGGCAUCGCCAACUCCCGAAGAAGACGCAACGGAAGUGGAGUCUGCUGAGUGAGGCAUUCGCCGACUACUACUGUUCGCAGUUUGACCAGUCCGCACGAGCUCGCUAUUACUCGGCUCAGCGCAAGGACAACGAGCUGCAGCUCACCGACAUCAAGAAGGUCGAGAAGAUCAUCAACCAGAAGAUCCUGGGGAAGCGCCGGAAGAAACAGCGCGACCGUCUGAUCGGAAGCCGCAGCCGAGAAGCCAAGCGCACCGAUUCGCCAAGGCACUCGGAAGCUCGGCGGAGUGAGCCGCGCCGAGAUGACCGACGAAGCCGACGCGACGAUGGUCGAGACCACCGACUAGCGACAGCGCUGCUGGAGGACGACCCGUACGAGCUGGCCGAGAGACGCCAAUUCAAUCGGCGAUCCAACCUCUACGACUUGGAUAGCGAUCGGAGCGACGGCAGCCAGCUGAGCUACUCCGACUCGGCUGUAGACUCGGAAGACGAUUACAUCGACACCGGGUUCACCAGCGACGCGACCGUAGAUCGGGGGACCGAGGGAAUUCAGCUGGGACACCAAGCCUGCGGUGGUGCGAACCACUCCGUUCACUACUGCCGCCGUCGCUGCAAGUUCUGCAAGCAAUUGCACGAUGUCGGUCAAUGCGAGCUGUUCCAGCGCUAUGAGAAGCUCGCCGCAAUUGUCAAAUCCAAUGUCGACAAGUCCAAGUUACCUGAAGACCUCCAGGACCUCUACACGCCGAGUGAUUUAAACUCGGCGGCCCGCCAACACUGA